AUGGCAGGCGACGAAGACGAGCCAGAAGCGCGAUUCCACGAUCCCAUGCCACCGGGAUACGUCUUUGUUCCCAAGGGAGACGUGUACAUCACCAAGAAUUGUCGCAAGGAGACACAUUCGGCCGGCCAGACCGUUUACGUGGUGGUUAACAAGCGUCGGAAACCGAUCGGCCUUCGCUGUCCGGUCUCCAUUGUCAAAGCCGUCCAAGAGUCAGAACAGGCUACAGCUGCGAAACGUGCAGAGGCUGUACAGAAGCGAGAUGCAGCUAUGGAAGGCGGCUUUGAAGAGGCACUGAAGAGACUGUACCCCAACACCCCCAAAGAGUCGAUCCAGAAGAUUGUGAGCCAUGCGCUCAAGAAGCGGAGCAGGAGAGUAGGAAGAAGCGGGACCGUACAGCUGGAUGACAAGGUGAAGCUGGCGGUGCGCGCGCAUAUCCGGCACGAGCACACGGAAUAUGAACAGCUACUGAGAAAGGGCAAGACUCGCGAGGGAGCCAGAAGAAAAGUCUACAGCAAGCUUAAGGAGGUUGCGAGACUGUGGGGAGGACGACCGGCGAAGAGUGCUGGGACAAAGCGAAAGGCCGAAGACGAUGGGGACGAAGUAAGAAUAACUCGGGAGGGGAGUAAAAUGCGCAAGAGACAAAAGAAAGAGGAAGGAAUCAAAACGGCAGCUACCGGUGCAAAGACCGCACGACUCAAGAGAGGAAUGAUAGAACGGAAGAAAGCCAGAAAAAGGAUGACCCGUGAAGAGAGACAAUUACUAGCUGAAGAAAGCAGGACAUCAAAGGUAUCUGGCCUACGGGUUCAGACUCGCCGUAUGGCCAGGGAAGGAAUCGAGCCUUUGGGAGGUACCGAGGAAGAACCGAUAAUCAUUGACGAUAGCGACGGACAAGACGCUGUCUUUACUAGAGGCGAGGACACCGACUUUGACGACGGCAAUGAGUCGGACUGGAGCAACUGGAGCGACAUCAGCUUUGGCAAUGCCACUGGGAAGAAGUCGCAGCAAAACGACCAUCACUGGACGAAGCCAUGCCGGAACUGA